AUGUCCUCCCAGAACUCAACGGGUUCAGCCAGGAGUCCCCGACAGCAGCGAUCUAGAAUAAGUCCGUCUCAACAUCUAUCUACAAUCGAGAAAUCUGUUACUCAACUUCUCAUCGCAACUAAACAACUUCUUGAAACUCUCACCGCUUGGUCACGGCAGCAGGCCACUGAGGCGGAGGUCUCAGAUGUAUAUGUCCGUCUUGGAUCCGAAUUCAAUUUGGCGUGUCGAGCAUUUACAGCCAUCGGAGUAGAUACAACCGAUUUGGGAAAUGUACCGGAUGCGCUAAGAACGAUAUUAGAGAGCACUCUAAGUCAAGAUGCGAGUCCUCAGAGUCUGGAAGUCUACUUACCGAGGAUCAGGGAGAUCAUUAUCAACCUCCUUCAUGGACUGAAAAGAAAACAGCAAGGUUUACGGCAACAUAAAAGUGGGAGGAAUACUGCAGAACUUUCGGGGCCUGCAUCUAUAGAUAGAGGGCCCCCACCUUCACAGCAGCAAGCCCAAACCACGAGGGCAAGAAGUGGAGAUGGUUUAGAGGAGGGUACUCCUCCACGCACAUCAUCUUUACCCGGCGGGACAACAGUUCGGGCUGCAUCACCGCCAAUUCCACCUUAUCCUACCUCGAUGAGAAGUUCGGUUUCAACAACCGGGUCUCGAAGCUCUCACCAACAUUCCGCGUCUAUAUCAUCAAACCUUGCCUCGCCUCCUCUAAAUUCAGCUGAAAUUCAGCCUACUCCCACGGUUCAAGAGCCCACUAGGAAUUCUAUACCUCAAUAUAUCCCCCCGCCCCCGCCCCCACCUCCUGCCCAAGAUGCUCUUGCAGCCCUGCAGCGAGAAGAUCCGUUACAGCGACGAGCAUCUCGCCGGUAUUCUGCCUAUCAAAUUGCUAAACUCACUGGGACAUCACCGAAUGGGGUAGCAAUGUUACCAACCAGCAGCAACCCAUCUGCCAUACCCCGAAAUAGUCGUGAAUCAAAGGAAUCUUUGGAUGCUGUUCGAGUAAGGCGUUCAUACACGGCCAAAUCGAUCCCCCGAAGCAAUGAAACCUCACCCAUGAGAAAUGUAAACCGGAUAUCAGAAGAGCGUGAGCUUGAACCUGAUUCGCCCAUAGCCCAGGUGUCUGAGAAGAAAAACGGACCCGCGGUUCCUGCUAAAGAUGAUGAACCCGUUCGAAACCAGCCCUCUCUUGGACUUGAAACCGGUGCAUUCCCUCCGCCGCCUCCGCAAAAAAACGAUGUAUCAGAAGAUGUGCCUCUCAGCGCCCCAGUAAAAGAGCCUGAGGCGGAGGUUGUUCCACCAUCACCCAAGCCUAUUGCUCGAAGGGAUUCCUCGCCACCUCCUCCUACAAAAGACCUUACUUUAUUUUUACAACUUGGUCGGUCAAUCAAGAAAGUCCUUGUUGCCGAUGGGGUGGAUGAGUUAUCUUUGACCUCGUUACGUCUUCUGUUUAUUUCAAAGUUUAAUUACAGCCCUCCCUCUGGUGAAGACUUUCCUGAAAUUUACCUCCAAGACCCUGUCUCUGGGGUACGAUAUGAACUGGAGGAUUUAAGAGACGUAAAGGACAGGGCAGUUUUAUGCUUAAAUAUUGAAGUUCUUGAUGAGGUUAAACGCCAUAUCGAUGACGGAAUAGGUGGUUUAAAGAAACUGGUAGACGGACUGCGAGGGUCUAUGGAAGGACAAAGUUUGCAAAUCACUAGAGUAGCAGAACGCCAGGAGGAGGCCGCCAAAAAAAUUGCCGAGCUUUCUGUGGCUGCUCCUGUUUCUACCCCGAUAACUUUGUCACCACCUUCGUUUCCUAGUUCAUCAGCACCAGGGGCCACUACGAAGCAUGAUAACACUGCUCAGUUAAUCGAACUUCGAGACCUCAGGAAAGAUUUGGCAGUGUUGCGGCAGGUCUAUUCCACCUUUGUCGCUGAUAUCAAUACAUCCAUGUCAACUAUCAAAACUAAAGCCAGCGCCGUGAAAACUGUUGCUGCUCAGCCUAAGCUAGGUCCGAAUGAAGGUCGCACCUACGUUGAAAAUGGGAAAAAGACUCUUGGGACGGAUGCAGAUGCACUAGUAAAUAGGGUUGACGACCUUCAAGAUACAGUGGAAGAUCUACGGAAAGAUGUUGUACAGCGUGGUGUCCGUCCUCUAGCACGCAAUCUCAACCAAGUCAAGAAGGAGAUCGCGCAGGCCAGGGCAGAGCUCAAGAAGAUGGCAGACUACAUCAAGCGAGAGAAGCCUGUGUUUAGGAGAGUUUGGGAAAAGGAGGUUGAGCUUGUCUGCCAGGAACAAGAUUUCUUCAAUAUGCAAGAAAACCUAAUCGAGGACCUACAAGAUGACCUAGACAAAGCAUCACAGACGUUCCAGCUCGUCGAACAGUGCACUGAGCAGCAGUUCAAAAACGGUUCCGUCCCCGGCUCAGGCGCAUUAAGAUCGAUUAGCAGAGGCCUUCCUGUUGGGUUGGUACAUCCUGAUGAUAGGCUCGACCCAAGCGAAGCCAAGGACUCCAUUCUCAGCGAAGUUCGUGCCCUGCAACCGAAUCACGAGAGUAGAUUGGAGGCGAUCGAGAGGGCAGAAAAACUUAGACAGAAGGAUCUUGAAGGGAGAAUUCCAGAAUUCCAGAAGGAACUUGGCGAAUUUGUGGAAGAAAACAAGUUGAAGAAGGCGGGCGGCGUAGAUGAGGUAGAAAGGCUACGUACGGCAAGGGACGAGAAAGUCAGGAAAGAGGUUUGGGAACGGAAGAAGCAAAUGGAGGAGGAGGAGCGGGCCAGGGAGGAAGAGGGAAGCGAUGAGGAAGAGGAAGAGGAUGAAUCCGAAAAUGGCGAGUGA